AUGCCGAGAAAUAUUGAAGAAAAGGAGCCAAUCAAUACAAUAGAAGUAAUUUCAUACACAGAGAGCGAAACCUCAGAUGAUAAUCCUUUCUUAGAUUCACAUAAUGCUGAGUACUACACUAAGCUAUACGAAGACUGCAAAUAUGAAUGUCGUGCCGCCUUCGAUCCUGAAUUCACUUGGAGUGCUAAAGAAGAGAAGAAGUUAUUAAGGAAGUUGGAUUGGAGGGUCGCAAUACCUGCGUGUAUCAUGUUCGUAGCUCUUCAGGUUGACCGAGGAAAUCUUGCCCAAGCAGUAGCAGAUAAUUUACUUGCAGAUAUGGAAAUGAGUACAAACGAUUACAAUAUUGGUAAUCAAAUCUUUUAUGCGAGUUUUUUGAUUGCCGAGGUGCCGUCCCAGCUUAUUUCAAAGAAGCUAGGCCCUGACAGAUUUGUUCCUUUUCAAAUGGUCGCUUGGAGCGUUGUAUCAAUGUGUCAAGCCGCUAUGACAACGAAAGCAGGGUUUUAUGUUACUCGUUGCUUAAUCGGGCUGUUGGAAGGAGGGUUCAUUGCAGACCUUGUACUGUGGUUGAGUUAUUUCUAUAAAUCAAAGGAACUUCCUAUACGUUUAUCGUGGUUUUGGACAACACUUUCACUUGUUCAAAUUGUAACUGCAUUGCUUGCUUUUGCUAUUUUGAGAAUGAGAGGACUUGCUGGUCUUGCUGGAUGGAGAUGGCUUUUCCUUUUGGAGGGACUAUUUACAUUGCUGAUUGGAGUAUUGGCAUUCUAUCUUAUGGUUCCAUCUGCUGUCCAAACAAAGAAUUGGAUGCAUCCUAAAGGCUGGUUUACCGAGCGAGAAGAAAAAAUUGUGGUGAACCGUGUACUAAGGGAUGAUCCUUCAAAGGGUGAUAUGAACAAUAGGCAACCGCUUUCGCCAAGAAAAAUAUUUGAUGCUCUUUGUGAUUAUGAUUUAUGGCCUAUUUAUGCGAUUGGAAUUUUAGCGUAUAUUCCUGCUGCAACUAUAACUCCUUACUUGACCUUGAAUUUAAAAAAUCUCGGAUUCUCAACCUUCAACGUUCAGCUUCUCACCAUUCCCUACAAUGUGAUACAUAUUGUUUUUCUUUUGAUUAUAACAUGGAUGACUGAAAAGCUUAACGAAAGAACUUUGGUUUCAUUGAUUGCACCAAUUUAUUCAACUGUCCUUUUGGGAUUCAUCAGAUGGUGGCCAGGCUCUAUGGUUCAAGCUUGGCCAACUUUUGUAAUCACCACUCUGCUGUUAGGAACGCCUUAUAUUCAUGCCAUUUGUGUGUCAUGGGUCUCACGAAAUUCUAACUCUAUCAAAAACCGUGCCGUCUGUUCUGCUCUCUAUAACAUGUUUGUACAACUAGGAAGCAUUGCGUCAAACCAAAUAUAUCGAGCAAAUGAUGCACCUCUGUACCACCGCGGCAAUCAGAAUUUGUUUUGGAUUUCUUUUUCGAUGAUUCCCCUACUGCUUUUGGUGAAGGUCUAUUACCUUCAUCGAAACAGGUCGAAAGAGGCUGCGUGGAAUGCAAUGACAGAAGAGCAGAGAGCCACCUAUGUUGUUAACACAAAACAUCAAGGAAACAAAAGACUGGAUUUUAGAUUUGCUCACUGA